CAUUUUUGACAUCAACCUCCUGGCGGCAUUGAAGGGAACCCAUCGAAUUCAGUGCGGAUCGUUAUUUUGCGUUAUCCUUUUCAUUGAGCUUUAUUAAUAUUAACAUUAAUUAUUAAGAUGCAUAAUUUUAAGUAUUACGUAAUCAUUAUGACGUGUACAUUUCUGGAAACUGACGGGUUUUUGUUUGAUCAAGUCUCCAACAGUCUGAACUGUAAGGGCAUAAGCUUGAUGUGCCCGAUGAUGUGCCGUCAUUUGGACGCAAGUGGUUGCGUAACCUGCGAUUGUAACACCUUUGAUCCUUCAAAUCCGGGCGGAAGUGGUUCUCAUUCACUUCCGAGCGGCACGCAUACUGGAAACGGCACCGGAGAUCCCUCAAACCCAGCCGGCGGCGAUCCUUCACAGCCGGGGGCCAGCAACCACUAUGACCCCUCACAUCCCUUAGCGUCUGGCAACGGUAUACAGACGACAGGCGGCAGUGCUAGUCAGUCAACACUUCCUUCAGCGUCGCAAGCCACAUUGCAAGCGUUAACGAUGACGUCAUUUAUGACGUCAACACAAACACCUCAAUUUUCAACGAAAAUAUCACCACCUUUGCAAAGUAUGAUGUCAUCAAACCAGCCACCAUCCGUUACGUCAUCUUUCCAGCAGUCCUUAAACACACAAUCUACAUCAUUGAUGUCAACGUCAACAUCAAUAACCAACUUUCCAUUGAUCAUGACGACAUUCGGACAGCAGAUUACGUCACGACCAGCAAUCAUGACGUCAACGCCCGCUCCAUUCAUCUGUCCGGGGGUGUUUAAUUGCUCCCUUGACUGCACUACCGGAUAUCAAAUGAACCCAUCAGGUUGCCCUUUGUGUCAGUGUGCCCCGAUACCUACCGGACUACCAUGAUUUAUAAAUGCAUAAACCCAGGGUCACCUUAUAGAAACUUAUUUUGAAGCAAAUUAUUUACGGCGCAUUGAGCUUAGAAAGUAUCUUUUUAAUAUAUUGCGGCAUGACGGCCUUUAAAAAGUUUUAUUUAAAUCUGAGACGGUAAGUGAAUGUCAACGCAAUAUCGAAUGCGUCAUCAUUUUUAAGGACACAACAAAUAGAAAAUGAAUAGCUCACGAAAUAGCACACAUGGAUGGGAAACUAAAUAUGGUGUUAUAUUUUCAAUAGAAUUACAGAUUUUGGAAUUAUAUGUACCUAUAAAUAUUUCUGAAAGAGUUACACACGUCGGAAUUGCUGAAUAAUCACUGGAAAAAAACACAUCAUGACUUAUAAAAAACUGCGUGUAAAAACUAACUUGUUUGUUCAUACGUGUUCCAUGUUAUUCAUUACCAUAAACAGAUGCAUUAUAUAUUUUGCCAUUGUUUUCUUACAAAUAAAUGAAACUCACAAUGUU